UAGGUUUUUACAACCUUUCAGGCAAGUUUGGAGUACAUAUCCAGUCAGCAGCAUUUAGUUUGAAUGGAAAACUAAAGCAUUUCAUAGGAGAGGAAUGGGUGGCAAAAGAGAGGUACCAGACAAGGAAGAAAAGGGGAGUAUUUGAAAUAAAAGUGACAAGAUUUAUGAUCGGAGUAAGAAAGAAAAUAUUCAUUGUUCAAGGGCAGCAGAUGAAGGGAAAAGAUCAAAUACUUUCAUAAUUGUGACAGCAUUCCCUUUAUCCAAGGACAGCAAGUAAUACUUAAAACAGUUGAUAAGAGAGACGAUUCAUUUUACAGUGUCCUUGCAUAGUGAUUGGGGACUUUCUAAUAUUAGGUCACCAGGUGGCGGGGGGAAUUUCUACAUUGUUAGUACUUUAAGAAAUCCAUGGGUACUUGUAGCUAAUGUGAUCAUGGGCAAAUAGUUUGACUCCUCAGUACUAGCAAUGCUUUAAAAAAAAUGAUCAAAAAGGUAUUUCAAUGAACAAAAAUCCUGUUUUCUCUCCCUCUCAUCUCACCUCAUCUAUUGGAGGAAAAAAAAAGAGAAAAGAAUAAGAAAACUCUUAUAAUCUAUAUGAAUAAUCAAGCAAAACAAAUUUCUGCAUUGUCUCCCUCUGCACAUUGAGUCUAUAUCCUCCCUAAUAGAAGGAGGAAGUUUCCCACUCCACUUAUCUUACUUCCAACGGCUUCAUUCUCCAUUCAUCUGAAAAUUCCCCUGGAUUGAAUCCCUGCUCAUUGUCUCAGCAGUUUCCUUGGAAAGGCAGCAAGACAUCAUGGAAGAGUUUGAAUAUCUCUUUGAUGAUUCUGAGAAUUACACCUAUUCCUUUGAAUUUUCUCAAGAAGAGCAGGAAUUGGAAGAGAAGGCUCACCUGGGAACUGUACAAUGGAUUUCUCUUGUGUUAUAUAGCUUAGCAUUUGUCCUUGGGGUGCCAGGAAAUGCCAUUGUCAUCUGGUUCACAGGGUUUAAGUGGAAAAAGACAGUGGCCACUCUCUGGUUCCUCAAUCUGGCCAUUGCGGAUUUCAUUUUUGUUCUCUUCCUGCCUCUUUACAUCUCCUACGUGGCCAUGAAUUUCCACUGGCCCUUUGGCACCUGGCUGUGUAAAGCCAACUCCUUCAUUGCCCUGUUGAACAUGUUUGCCAGUGUGUUCUUCCUCACGGUGAUCAGCCUGGACCGGUACAUUCAUCUGAUUCACCCCAUCUUCUCUCAACGUUACCGAACGCCAAAAAAUGCCCUUUUUGUCAUUGCUCUAGUCUGGCUGAUGGCAGUUAUGAUCGCUGGUCGCUUGUACUUCAGAGAGACUCUGAACUUCAACAGCCGCACCAUCUGCUACAACAAUUUCCACCAGAAUGAUACCAGCAUCAUUUUAAUGAGGCACCAUGUUCUGACCUGGAUAAAAUUUGUUUUUGGUUAUCUCCUUCCCGGGCUCACCAUGAUCAUUUGUUAUUCACUGCUUGUCCUCCAGGUGAAGAAGAGAGCAACUCUAACGUCCAGCAAGUACUUCUGGACAAUACUGGCCGUGGUGCUGGCCUUUGUCAUUUGUUGGACCCCCUUUCACCUCUUCAGCAUUUGGGAGCUCUCAAUUCACCACAGCGACCACUUCCACCAUGUGCUUCAGGCAGGACUUCCCCUCUCUACCGGUUUAGCUUUCUUCAACAGUUGCCUGAACCCUCUUCUUUAUGUCUUAAUUAGUAAGAAGUUCCAGGUUCGCUUCCGGACUUCAGUUGCUGAGCUCUUAAAACAUACAUUACGGGAGGUUAGCUGGUCAGGAACAAUGAGCGAACAGUUUAAACACUCAGAGACUAAGAAUCUGUGCCUCCUAGAAAUGACUCAGUGAGGAAGAAUCACAAAAUUAAAGCUUAAACAAUAUAAAACAAAAGAAAACCAAAUUAACUAUGACACUUGAGUAAGGAGCAACUGGUUUUACUGAUAAAAUAAUCAAGGCAGGCAAAUAUUGGCUGAUUAACAACUUUUUCAGUGAAUCUCCGUGUGUCUGUUGACAGGGAUAUCUUUGAAUCAAAUCUAAUUAUAAGAUAUCCUGAGAGUCAUUUUUCUAUCUGUUGACUGAGGUAACCCCAUUUAGGGUUGUCACAGAUAUGGGAAGAAGCUUGUUUAAUUUGAUUCUUACUUAUUAUGCUGAUGUUGAAGUAUUUUAUUAUUUUCUUAGAAUAACUUAAAAGAUCUUGGGGUUUAUUAUUAAAGAUAAGAUAGAUCUUUCCAAGAAUAUUAAGUUAUAUGUGGCUUCUAACAUUAAUUUUCAUUUUUGCCAAUAACCUCACAGAUAUAGCCACAAAAUCACUAAUAGGUUUAUUCUUAAUUAUAUGUCAUUCAUGCAUUCUCCCCACAGUAUAGAUGUUAUAUUCAUGACAAAUGUAUUAUUAUAAAUAUAACUAGAUCCUUAAAACUGUUUGUGUGUGAGUGAGAGAGAGAGAUUAAGUGAAUGUUAAGAACAUCAAAAAGCCACAGAUUGCCAUCUAAGUAAACAGUAAACUUGGCCAAAAGAAAAUGGGAAAAAUACAGAAUUCGAAGUCAAAAAGCCUGGGACUCAAUAUUGAAUUUGAUUCUACCAGUUCCAUGAUAUUAAACAAAUUACUUUGGGCCUCAGUUAUUUAUUUUUACAAUUAAAAAGUUGGAAUAGAAGAUGAACUGUAGGAUUUCUUCUCCUACAAUCCUAUAAUAAGUUCGUAAAAUGAAGGAUUUGAUGACAUAACUUCAUUCCACUACUUCUCCAUAUUGUGAUUUAAAAAAAAAAAAGUCCAAUGCACAAGUCAUCUCAAAUAAAAAAUAACUCAUUUUAACAAACUAAGUGCCUACUGUAUGCACAGCAUCAUGCUACGUACCAAGCACAUAUAGACAAAAGGGAAAUAAAUAAUUCUUGCUUAAAGGGAGCUUAUGGUCCACUGAGGCUCUCCUAUUCUGUGGAAAUUGAUCUCCACCUGCCAAGAAGUAGAGUUGGUAAGAGCUAGAAAAAAUGAGAUCCUGGUCUUCUGGUUUCCAAUUUUAAGAGAGAAGUUAUAUCAUUUCAGAAUCUCUUCAGGUUGCUGAAGAGAGAAAGAUCCAGGAAGACCUUCUUCUGAGAAGAAGUUGACAUAUAUAGAAGCCGUCAUUUCAGUCAGGUCCCUAUUCCUGGUUUACAACACUAGAGACUGGAAAUUUCCCCUUGGAUGAGAUCUGAGACUCUCUUGGUUGAGAUGAAUUACCUCACUCUCAAAGAGAGAACCCAUAACUUCUGUGUUUUUCUGAUAUAAUCUCAUGUGUAUGCCUUUUUUGAUUUCUGAUUACUCUCUUUUGAAUAAAUGGAUUUAUCUACUA